AUGGCUACGGUCACGUUUGUACACCCUGGAGUCCAAGGCCCUGUGUUCAUUGUGUCCUCCAUGAGCAACCCGGAGUGGCAGGUCCUGCAGAUGAGUGCAAACGAGAGGAGCGAGUAUGAUAGUAUCGUCUUCUCUUACACUUUCAACAAUGUCGCAGAAGGUAUUUAUCAGUACAAGAUCCGCAUCGGUGAUGGCCAGUGGGUUGUGGAUGAAUCUGAGGAAACAGACACUGAUGAAGCCGGCAACCGAAACAACGUAUACCGUGUUGUGAGCCCCGAAAAGUCGCGUCCCGAUCAAGCAUCGAAGGCGGACCUAGCGCAAGUUGAGGCCAACCUGGGAGAGGACGCAAUGCUUCACGACAGGAUCAAAGAACAAGCCCAACCUCCUGGUCUCGAAUCCGAUACUCCUGAAGUCCCCAAAGAAAACAUGGCAGAAGGGAAACCGGAACAUAUCACUGAGCCAUCCACACCUGUCAAGCAUGAAAUUGCUGAAAUGGAGCCUACGAGCAACGUAUCCGAGACAGCCCCUUUGUUUGACUACGAAGCGAUGGACCAAGGCUUUAGGAGACCGAGUAGAUCUACGCCACCCCGAGGCCCCAUGCGUACAAUAUCUGAAGGCUAUCCGUCACCACCAGAGCGUGGCCGCAUGGCAUCGAUUCGAGAGGAGAUGUUUGACUCUCCCACCCACGACGAGCUGAACGAUCUGCAGUAUCUUGAUCGCGCUCAACAAGAUGCACUCGAAUGCCUCUUGCCGGAUGAACUUGACGUGGCCCCUGCCUUCAGGCCUGAAAACAGAGCUUCUUAUGUUAUUGAUAUCGGAAACCCUGGAGGACCUAGGCUUUUGAAUGAUGUGCCUCUUUUCCCGCACGAGCAACUUUUAACAGGACCGAGCACCCAGUACAGAUUCUACAGACCGACUCCAGGCUGGGGCAGGUAUACAAAUCGCGACGGAUUGGACGUAUGGAGUUGUGCAGGCACAGGAAGUGCUUCUCAAGACGAUAAUAUGGCACAGGCGCCUACUGUGCGUGCUAGUAUCUCUCAGCAGCUCUACACGCUCCCUUCGGCGCCUACUGCUAUGGAGAAUCACGGUAUCGGCCAGGCAACUCUAGUCCAACCAAGAGGGGUCUCUGUCGACAUGCUUAGAGGAUAUUCCAAGGACUCACUGCAAGCUGUGGUUGAGGGAGGAUCGUCCGAGCCAGAGGAUGCAGGUGAACAUCCCCCCACUGACACGAUAGCCCCACAUGAUACACUUGAGGCAAGCAAGACCAAAGAAGGUGAUGAGAAAGCCUGCACCCUUCAGUCUGUAUCGGCUAAGGAGCGUGUUCCUGUCGUUUAUGGCGAGACUCCGUGGAUUCAAGACGCGAUAGCACCACUCAACACUCCUACGAAGGACUUGAACCUUCGCAAUCAUUCUCUCGUCCCUACUGAGACUGCUCCAGAGGAAGAAAUGACUCUAUGUUCUGGAAAUACACAUGGCUCUUCGAAAGACACAAAGGCUAACGAGCAGCAUCACAUAGCUGCUACGAAAGACUCCAAAGAGCAACGAACUCGAUUGAGCCGCGGCAUGAGCUCACUGUUGGGGAUCUUCACCGGCUGCUUCCGAGCUUCGCGUGCGGUUUUCGUCGUCGGUCUUGCGUUCGCCGUCUACUAUUACGUCUAUCGGAGCCAGUGA